AUGAUCGAUUUUCCCUUUAAGGGGAACUCAAAAUCAUGGGUCGGAUAUAGGAGAUGUGGAAAAGUGCAAUGCCGACUUGACAGAGCCGUUGGAAACGAAGACUGGCAUCAUGAUUUUUCCCACACUAAUGUGGAGUAUCUCAAACUUUGGGGUUCAGACCACAGGCCAAUACUAACCAGAAUCUUGUCUAAACCUGGCACGGCACAACGAGGAUUCAAAUUUGAUAAAAGAUGGCUAGGAAAGGACGGUCUGAAGAAAUCUAUAGAAGAAGGAUGGGAUCAAACAAACAUCUCGGACCUGGAAGAUAGAAGAAGAACUUUAUUGGAAGCAAAAAACCGGGUUACAUGGCUAAAGGAAGGGGACCGUAACACGAAAUUUUUCCAUGCAACCACCAAACAACGUAGAGCAAGAAACCGCAUCAGAAAGUUAAAAAGAGGGGACGGUUCGUGGGCAGAAACAGAGGAGGACAUAGAGAGGGUGCCGACAGAUUAUUUUCAAAACCUCUUCACCUCGUCACACCCUACCGAUUUUGACGAGGCUCUCUGGUAUGUUACUGAGAAAGUAAACCCUGAUAUCAAUCAAUUUCUAACCAAACCUCCCUCCAAUGAGGAGAUCAGACUGGCCAUCGGAGACAUCAACCCAGAGAAAGCUCCAGGGCCAGAUGGAAUGACUAGCCUUUUCUAUCAACAAUUUUGGGAAAUCACGACGAAAGAUGUUAUAGCAAUGGUAAAAGAAUUUUUCACCUCCGACUCCUUUGACGCACGCCUCAACCAAACCAACAUCUGCAUGAUCCCAAAAUCAGAGAGACCUCAAGAAAUGUCAGAAUUUAGACCAAUAAGCUUAUGCAAUGUUAGCUACAAAAUCAUUUCCAAAGUUCUCUGCAAAAGAUUGAAGAGAUUCCUCCCGAAACUUAUUUCGGAGACACAGUCAGCCUUUGUGGCCAAGAGAAUUUGCGAAGGAGGAAUCUCUUCAAUCUUCAAUCUUCAAUCUCCAUCCUCCUUACUCGGAGAGGAAUCUCUUCAAACACAGUCAGCCUUUGUGGCCAAGAGAAUUUACUUGCGAAGCAACUUUGGCGACUUAUACAAUAUCCAUCCUCCUUACUCGGACGGAUCCUAA